CCGAGCCCGCCCGGCCGCCCGCCCGCCGGCCGCCCCUCCGGCGGGGCGCAGGGAGCGCAGCUUCCGCCCUGCGCGCCGUCGGAGGCCGGGCGGGUCGGGACCGGGACCGGGGACCGGGGACCGGGGCCGGCGCGAUGUCGGAGGCCGAGUGCAGGCGCUGGAUCGCCGAGACCAUCGAGUGGCUGCGGUCGCGGAAGGCGCGGCCCGACCAGGAGCGCAUCUGCAAGAUGGUGCAGCGGCGGCACGGCGUCUCCCCGAGCCGCACCCGGCGCCAGCUCGACCGGCUGCUGCGCUCCCGCUCCGUGCUGCGGGUCCGCUACAAGGGCUCGCACUCGUACCGCAACGCCGUCCCGGGGCAGCCGGAGCCGGGCCCGGGGCCCGGGCGCAGCGGCGGCCGCACGGCCCGCGACAGGAGCUCCGGGCAGCGGGGCCCGGCCCGCGACAAGCCCCGGAGCCCGGCCGAGCAGCCCAGCGUGGUGGUGACCCGGGCCCGGCACAAGGAGGUGCUGGAGCAGCAGGUGGCCCGGGCCCGGAGCAGGAAGCCGCCGGCCGAGGCGGAGGGCGAGGCGGCCGAGAGGAGGAGGCGACUCCCGGUCACUGACAGCGGCCCCGAGCGCAAGAAGACCAGGAGAACGAAAGGAGCUGACCCAUCCGACAGUGAAGGAAGUGAUGAAGAAAAGGUGGAUCCACCAAAAGACCAGGUGUCGAUGAGACAGACGCGGAGUGAAGCACAGAAUGAGGUGGAAGCCGUCACUGACUGUGGGAGUGAGGAUGAUGAUAAGGAAGGGAGUCCCAUCAAAUCACCUGCCGCUGAAGGUCGCCCAACCGAAGGUGUCGGUGCGGAGCUCUCCACUGAAGAGCAGCUUGAAGUGUCUUUGGCCGUGGAGCGGAGCCCCUUGCCUUGCCCCGAUGAUGAGCCCAAGGCCAUCACCGAAGCUGAGAUGGGAAAUGAGGCGGAGGAGCGGGCGAGCGUGGAUGUGCGUCUCUGCCCAGCUACCACAGGGGAGGCUGGUUCUUCUGAUGGACCUGUCCCCGUGGAGGAGGCCUGUGGUGACGAGCGUUCCCAGGAGCCUGGUGUCCACCAAGGUGAGGAAGAAGCCGACCUGGAGACAGUCGAUCAGCUCGGGCUGGUGGUCAGUGAUACUGUCGGACUGUCCCAGUGUACGGAGAAUAGACCCCCUGCUGCACACGAUCAGGUGACUUGCCACCAGCUCGAACCCCAGACCAGUGAAGUUCCUGAGGUUGGUGGGGCCUCGUGUCUGCUUACGCCAUCAGCUUCUCCUGUAGAGAUGGUCCCUGAAGAGAAUGGCCCCUCAGACAGACAUCUCAGCUUAGAAGAGGAUGGGAAGUCCGUAGACCCAACUGAAUGGAGCAUCGCCGACGUGGUGAAUUAUUUUAAAGAGGCAGGAUUCCCAGAACAGGCUGUUGCUUUUGAGGACCAAGAGAUUGACGGCAAGUCCCUACUUCUAAUGAAGAGGAAUGAUGUUUUGACAGGACUGGCAAUUAAACUGGGCCCAGCACUAAAGAUAUACGAAUAUCACAUCAAGGUUCUGCAGUUGCAUCAUUUCAACAAUGAGGCGCCUUCGUGCUGAUCGGUGUAUGCCAUUGGUAGCAGAAUUUCUGCCCUGCUUAUCCAGCAACUGUCUGCAUGCACUUCACUGCAGUUUCACUUCAAUCUGCUGCCAAACUAAAUUCUUUCUACUUAAAGUGAAAGGAGGAAUGCCACCAGGAAUAAGAAGUUCAUUUAAGAAAAGUACUGGGUUUCUAUAGUGUUUGGGAAGUGUUGUAGCCUUUCUAACACUGUCUGUCCCAUCUGGAACUGGGAUUAUCUCUUUUCCAUGGCUUGGCUACGCUCCCAGUGUUGGGCUUUUUGUUUGAUCUCAUCUCUUGUUGAUGGAUUGGAAUUGCCCUACGGGCUGAUGUGAGUGUGCAACUGGGUGAAACGCUGUUCAAAUAUAGAAGAAUGGCUGCUCUGCAAGACCUGUUCUUCAUCCUUUUUGACACGUGCACAAAAUGCAGUGUGAUAUGCACUUAGAGGAAUUCUGCAAAUAAACUAGAAAGCCCAAAGAAAAUGGGCAAAUGUUAAACAUUUAGUAUCUCACAGAUUAAACAUCUUCCUACAGUCAAGUGGCAGCUGACAAAUUCAAUCGUAGCUUCCUAAUAAUGGGAAUCCUUUUCAAGGUGAAUAUAAAAUUUCUUCAUUGAGCCCAUAAGUUAUGAUGUGAUGGGAUUGUUACAAACAUUAUCUCCGUGCUUUGUCUUCUGAUCUUUACACCCUCUUAAAUUUGUCACUUUGAAGUUUUACUUCAAGUUACAAAGUUGUUACUAGUGUUUCUUGUAUAUUUUUAAAGGUUUUAUUAUAUUAGAUAUGUGUAUAUUCCAGAAUACAAUGAAAGCCUUAAAUUGAAAUCCUGAGAGCAGGGGUUAUGGCUGCUUGCUCACACAUGCAGGACUUGGUGUGUUUGUGAAUGAAUCUGCAAAAUUUAAAAAAAUAUAUUUAUAUUAUAAAUCUUGCUUCUGCUUGCUCUUUUUCUAUUAUAAAUUCUUCUAUUGAUACUCUCAAUGAACUCUGGAUGAGUAAACUUCUCAUGUUAUAUCUGCAGCUUUUUAUGUUUCUGUGCUACCACUUGUAGGGGAUAUAAUUACAUUACGUUGUUUACAUUGGCAGUUUUCAUUAGAAGGCUGGGUAUGGGUAUUUAACAAAACAAGGACAGAGUGUACACCUUUAAAAUGGGUACUGAGUUUUCCUCAAUCCUGCUUCCUCUGUAAUUAUACUCGGUCUUGAUUUGCAACAUUGCGGGAUUUUCAUUUGUAUAUUAUCUAAUCAAACUCUUGGGUUAUCAGAUUGGUAAAGUUUGAGUACAGUGUUGCUCAAUAGAUGUGACAGAUAUAACCAAUUUCUUGCUUAAGAUUCAUUUCCUAGUAAUUUUUGGAGCAAUUUAAAGUUUAGAAUAUGCCCUCACAAUAGGUGAUCACAAGAUUUGUUUUGUGAAAGCUUCCACUCGGUUGAGGUAUUUUCUUUUUGUAAAUUUUUGUGUUUUUUCUGAGGUCCUCCCCUGGUUUCCCAUCAGUUUUAACGUAUCCGAGCUGACAGUUCUGUUUCCAUUUGCAAUACAGUAGGAGCCGCUCGAUAGAUUCAGUUACCUGUCACACAGGUAUUUGUGUGUCAGUGGAAUUUUUUGAAAAUGACUGAACCAGAAGGUGCCUUUGGUCACAGCUGAUGAAAGCUGAGGAUUAACAGGGUACUUCCCCACGUCAGUUUUAAGUUGACUACAAUUCAUCAUUAAAUUCAUGUCAGAAGCACUUUGAAAUAAAAUAAAAAUCUGGUCCCAGUUUAGAGUGGGAAUACCACAGGUCGUAGUUGAGUUGCAAAGAUUUAAUUAUAUAAUUGCAACGUAAACAAGAUAGAAUGGAAGGGAGCAAUGAAAUCUGCUGGAGGAACUCAGGGUCAAGCAGCAUUAUGGUCGAAAAGGAAUUGUCGACAUUUCAGGUCAAAACCCCAGAACACCUAUCCUGAUACAGAGUUUUGACCUGAAACACCGACAAUUCCUUUCCCCCCACAGAUGCUGCUCGACCUGCUGGGUUCCUCCAGCAGAUCGUUUGUUGUCCAGAUUCCAGCAUCUGCAGCCUCUUGUGUCUCCGUAGAAUGGAAAGGACUGGUUUCAGGAAGACCCUACGAGGCGGAUGCAGUGUAAUCACUGUGUCUCUGUCCAAUAUACGAAGACCACACACCUUUGGCUAACCCUAGGAGACCAAGUUUAUUUGAGUCUGUGGUGCACCUUGAAGGCUGAGUGUGUUCCCAUUCUCACAGAGGAACACAAGAAGACCGUUUGGACUCUAGUCUGUUCCUGCUUUAAUUUUGAUCACAGCUGACAUGCACCUUAACUUCAAUGGUGUGGCUUGGUCCCCACCUCGAUACCCUUGUCUACCAGCACUAUCAGUCCUUGUAUUGAAAUGUUUGAGUGAUUCCCAAUCUAAUAGCUCUAAGAGAGAGAAUCCCAGAUUGGCUCUACUCUGUAGAAGUGCUUCCUGACAUCACGCCAGAGCAGCCCAAGUGUAACUUCAAGGUUUUGCCCACUUGUUCUAGCCUGCUGCAUCAGAGAAAAUAAUUUCAGGUGUAUUUACUACGACGGGGAAGCAUUGCAAGGCUAAUGUGAACAAAAUGUUGCACAUGUGUUGGGAAUAGCUGAAAGGGGAGAGAAGCUAAUGGGAAAGUUCCCUCUGCCACCACCCAUGUGCAUCAUGUCCUUGUUUCUAGUGUUGGUUGGAUAAUAAUUCAACUUUCCUUUUGCAAUCCACGUGUGCUGUGCUAUUUCCAGAAUUGUCUCACUCAGUCGGUCCGUGUACUUGAAUUUUUAUUGAAGCAGGGCUCCACUACAGGUGUGCUAUCUUACGCUGAGCUUCCUCGCUCAAAGGUGCUGUAAAUUGGCAGUAAGUUGCAAGCCUACGCAAUGCACUUCCGUAUGGAAGUAUAAGGCUGGCAUAGUGCCAAUCAGCUGGUACUGUUUCCUGUUAGUGGGUUUGAAUUCCGGAUUGAAACUGAGAUAUACAGCCUUGGUAUCCUUUGUGCAAACAGCAGCUGUCAAUGCGCUUUACAGAAUCUUAAGUGUGUUUGAAUUAUUUGAAUUUAUAAUAAAUAAAAGCCAUGUGUUUUGAAUGGAAUGCACAAAAUGGGUAAAGUGGGUUUUUAGAGUUUAUUCUUGCUAAUUGAGAUGCUUUAAGCAAUAAGAAACAAUAUUAAAAUGAAAUGUCUAAUAAAAUUGUUGAUUCA